GCGGGAGUCGGAAGGCGGAGCCGUGGUGCUGCAGUGGGGCAAGGCGCCCAGGGCCCCGAGAUGAUGCUCUUCUCCCGGCGAAAGAAGCAGAAUGAAGGGGCGCGGAAGCGCCUGGAAUAUCAGAUGUGUCUGCCCCUCCCACCCCUGUAGUGCCAAGGAGGGAGUAGGUUCUGCCCACCCAGCAGCCAGCAAGACCUCUACGCCCCACCUCACACUGUGCCCUCCACCGCUGCCUCUGGCACUGCUCUCCCUGGUGAAGUGACUGAGACAUCAGAGUGCAUUCCAGAAGCCCAACCCAGUCUGAGUUUUUUAAAAAAAACACCUACCUCUGACGUCUCCUAAACUUUCCUCCACUCACCGUGAACAAGAGCUUCAUCAAGGCCCGAGAAGCCGGUGCAGAUGACAUCCUGGACAUUUCAAAGUGUGAGCUGUCUGAGAUUCCAGCCAGUGUCUUUUCCAUGUGCAGAGUCCUGCAGAAGAAGUUUGUUGUCUUCUGCACUCUGGUCGAACGCCCUAAUUGGAAGGUCUUUCAUUGAUUCUGUUAUGGUUAUUAUUCUAUAGAUUUAUUAGGUUUUAAUCAUUCACUCCAAUCACUUGGCAACGCUACAGCCCAAGUCGUGUAACAUUCAGGAUUUGUCAUUGCUGAAGAUUCUCGAUCUCCAUGACAACCGACUUGUCUCACUUCCGGAGGACAUGGGUCAACUCUCAUCCCUUCAGGUUCUCAACUUGGAACAGAACCACUUGAAAUCUCUGCCCAACUCGCUCACAGCCUUGGCCCAGCUUCAGACACUGAACCUGAAAGGGAACCGGAUCCGAAAGUUGCCGGAGACACUGAGUGGAUUGAAGAGCCUGCGCACACUCGACAUCAGUCAGAAUCAAAUCCAUUUUCUCCCACAAGACUUGGCAUACAUCAGGACACUUGAGUCACUCAGUCUGGAUGUGGAAGACAUGACCUACCCUCUAGCCAGUGUGUGCAGCAAUGGAACAGAAGCCAUCAAACAGUUUCUGUGCAAAGAGCUCAGGAUCGAGUACAUGCCUCCAUCUCAGUAUCUGCUUCCAGUGCUUGAGAGUGAUGGGCACAUGCCAGACAGUGACAACGUUGACGGCACGUUCCAACAGCAGGUGAUGGAGGCGGAGAAGUGGCAGAGCAAGUUCAUGGACUAUGAAAAGAGAAAGGAGCAAAAGCAGCAGGAAAAACUGGAAUUCGAGAGGAGGCUGAACGAGGAGCAGCGGGAGAGGACGCAGCUUAUCUUGCAGAACAGUAGCCACAAGGAGCAAGUCCUGAAGUCGGUGAAACAGGAGCAGGGGAAGCUGGAACAGGGUCUCCGAGACCAACAGCGCUACAUGGAGGAGGAGCGCCAGCGGCUGCAGGCGGAGCUGAAACGCGGGGAGGUCGGAGCAAUGAGCCUGAUCCGUAAUUUGCUGGAGGACAACGAGAGAAGAAAACAGAACUCAAUGCUGAUAGAGUCACUGGAAAAAGAGAGGGUGAGAAUGGAACAGCUUAUGGCUAUAACACAAGAGGAGAAUGAGAGACUGCGAAAGAAAGAGGUAGCGGCUGCUAUGCAGGAGAUGCUGUCGGAAACCACCCUGAACAGGAUCCUGCAGACGGUCUAUGAGACGAAGCGACAACAGCUGGUAGAUGAAGCCAGCACCAGCAUGGCUCAAAUGGAUGGGAGACUUCAGCAAGUCCAGGCCUUUCAGCAGCUGGAUCAGCACAAGACUAUUGGGCAGAUUCUUGGCGAGGCUGAAAUGCAGAAGAUGGCAUUUGAAGCACUGCAGGUGAAGAAGGACAGGGAGCAUACACGAAUCAGAGACCAGAUCAAACUGAUUGAGAAUGAGUUAAUGCAGCUGACACAUCUCGAGUUAGACAGAAGAGAGAGUGACUUGGAGAACCUUCAGGAAAACCUGGCGAGCGAGCGGCAGGUGCUGAGCGAUCUCCUGCAGCAGCUCCUGAAGGAAAAGAGGUUGCGGGAGGAGGAGCUGGGGGAACUGCUGCUGGAAAUGGAGAAGAAACACGAGACCAGUCAGGAGAAUUACUGGCUUAUUCAGUACCAGCGCCUGAUGGACAAGAAGCCCCUGUCCCUUCGAGCACAGGAGGAGGGUGUGGAGAAAGCACUGGUGGACCUGUUGACCGAACUCUCAGCAGAUCAUUACUUGCCCCUGUUCGCCCACCACCGGAUCACCCUAAAGAUGCUGCGUUACAUGACGGCGGAGGAUCUACGGCAGGUUGGAGUCAAAGAGAGCAGGCUACAGCGUGCCAUCCUCGGACGUGUGCAGGAGCUCCUCCCUGCAGAAGAUUGGAGAUCUCCACCUGUCCCAACAAAGGAUGUUGCUGAUGAUUUGGGUGAGGUACAAGCCAGUGCCCCUGUAGAGGAUGAAGUAGGACCCUCUAGUCCAGUAGAACCCAGCGCACCAGUCCCUGAACAAGUGUUGGCUCAGUCAGAGUGUGUCGUCUGCAUGGAGCGAGAGAGUCAGAUGAUCUUCCUGCCGUGUGGCCACGUUUGCUGCUGCCACACGUGUGGAAUGGAGCUGCACACUUGCCCUCUCUGCCGAAAGGAAAUCGAACAAAAGAUUCGCAUGUAUCGUACAACUUGAGUGGCGUUCUGUUCCUAUGCAAUGUAUGUGUGCUCACAGAUCUGCCACCACCUCCUGUCGUGCCUUACACCUCCCCUUUACCCCCACCUCGAAGAUGUUUACUUUCAGUAAAACUGUGGCAUAGACUCCUCCUAGACUGGCUUGAUGUCUUCCUGGAUGGAUGAUCUGCACCUGCUCAGGCCUCAGUUGUAUUGGCAAGGAUGUGAGUUGGCCAAUGUUGAGCUCCCAUGGAUUUGUGCUCUAGUAACUUGCUUUCUUACUAAGUGGUUGCAUAGACAGAGAAAAUGGAAUAGAAAAUGAAAACUUGACUUCUCCUGCUGCCACAUGUUGCUGGUAUUUGUGUAUGGAGCUACUUGGAAUGAAACUGGGAGCUGGUGUAAUGGAUCUACUGUGAAGCCACAUGGGCUGUGUCACUCUGAACCACGUCUCCUUUGCUGAUCAACCUCAUCCAAAUUAUCCAUAAAGCAGUUUGAAAUAUUACAUCUACAAAGGCAUUUGCAGACUGGUAAGGUCAGGCAGGUGUAAUUUUCCUCCUGACCUGUAAUGCAACACCAUUAUUUGUCUUCAAAUUGAGCAAGGAGAGCACGUUAGACUGGAGUCGAAAGUUUGCAACAUACAGGUUACAGACAGUAAACUUAUUAAUUUUUUUAAAAAACCAUCUAUCCAGCUAACAUUUUAUUGUGCAACAGGUUGAAUGCUAGUUUUUCCUCUUGUUCAUUGAUGUGAAAAGCAUGUUCUUUCACUGUUGAAUGUGCUAAAGGCAAAUUUAAUCUCACGAUGCUUGAACUGACAAGCAUCGAGUGCAAAAAUUGACUUUCCCCCUCAUUUCCUAUCCCUGAAUCACUUGCUGGAGACAGGGUCUCUCAACCGAAUAUCCUCCUUGUCCAGAGCUAGUAAUGGAUAAGUAAAUAACGGCUGAAACAGAAGAAUUGCCUAGUGCUGCUGUUCCCCAGUCCCUUUGCUGUUGCUUUGCUCUGGUGUUGUUUGUGCAGUCUUAUUUGACAGCAUAUUUCUGGUUACUUUUCUCAGAACAUCUUUCUUUAGUUUUACAAACUUCGGCAGAAUUAACACCCAAUUGUCUCAACAUACUGUCAUUUCUACUGUUCCAGUCCUGCCUCUCCCCUCGCAAACUCCAGUUGUGCUCUGAGAUCCAAUUCCUAUCUCUGUGAAAGCAAAAGGAUAUGCAAAUCUCCCUUUCCCACUUGCUGUCCUGUUUCAGGUUUUACAACCCAGUGCCUCCACUACUCCUUAUACCUUCAAUAAUAUCCUGUGUCAAAAGCUAUUUGAGUGCAUGUUACAUGAUAGAAGAUUUGCCCCAAAGGAAGGUGAAGCCCAAAUCAGUGGGUAUAUUUAAGGCAGAACUUGAUAGUUGGUAUAGGGGUUAAAGGUUCUGGGGAGAAGGUUGGAGAAUGGGGGUGAAAAAAAAAAUCUGCUCUGAUUUGAGUGGUGGGGUAGUCUUGAUGGACUGAAUGGCCUGAUCUGCUCCUUUAUCCUAUGAAUGUAAAGCAUGUUUUUAAAUUAGAUAUUUAAUUUAUUGUCAUAUGCAGAAUAUUUGCACUUGUAUGGUUGUAUGCUAUAAAUUCCAAUCCUACAAUUAUAUACAUUGCAAAUUGAUACUGUUCCAAUAAAGGACAAAUUCUCCUUGUGUGAUU